GCGACUUCCGCUCACCACAGGAGUGGAAAUACAUGUUUUGUUGUGUUUUAGUCUUGCUAAAGUGAAUUAUGUUAAAGGCCACUUUUCCAUCUAUUCGUAUACAAUGUGUAAGGCAUGUUGGGGUUGCUAACUGCGCGUUGGUUUUAUAGCUAUUAAAGUUAUAGUUAAAGUAUAAAGUUGCUAUGUCCGGUCGCAGACAUGCAGUGGAAAACCUUGUCUGUCUUUGCGUUACUUCUUAACAUCACCGAAACGUCAACAUCUUCAUAUGUCAUCACAGUUGAUGUGGGCAGACCGGUGGGACAUCUCAAACACUUCUGGAGGAGUACUGGUUUCUGUCCCCCGCUCCCUCACACCCUGUCCCACCAGUUUGACCUGAGCAUCGACCAGCAGCUGAACCUGGCCUAUGUGGGCUCCGUCCCCCAUGAAGGGAUCCAGCAGGUCAGGAUACACUGGAUGUUGGAGCUGGUCACUGCACAGGAUGUUGGAGGGCAACCCCAGUACGACUUCACUAAACUGGACCAGCUGAUAGAACUCUUGUGGAUUAAUGGACUCCGACCAGGUUUUGAACUGAUGGGCAGCGUCUCUAACUAUUUCACUGACUUUGAGGACAAAUCACAAGUGGUCGAGUGGAGAAAUCUGGUUUAUCUCAUAGCCAAGAGGUACAUAGACAAGUAUGGCCUGGGAAGUGUCUCUCAGUGGAACUUUGAAACAUGGAAUGAGCCCAACAAUCAUGACUUUGAUAAUGUCAGCGUGUCCGUUCAAGGGUUUCUAAACUACUAUGAUGCCUGUUCGGAGGGUCUGCGUGCUGCCAGCAGUCUCCUGAGGUUUGGUGGUCCAGGCGACUCCUGUCAUUCUCCCCCACACUCCCCAUACUGCUGGGCCAUGCUGCAGCACUGCUACAACGGCACCAACUACUUCACCGGAGAGACGGGGGUCAGGAUCGACUACAUCGCCCUGCACAAGAAGGGAGGAGGCUACUCCUUGCCCAUCCUACAGCAGGAGAUCCAGACAGUGGGGGAGAUCCAGGAGCGUUUCCCCCGGUUCCGCAGCCUCCCUGUCUACAAUGACGAGGCUGACCCGCUGGUGGGCUGGUCCAGGCCUCAGGAGUGGAGGGCUGACGUCACCUACGCUGCGAUGGUGGUGAAGGUAAUAAACCAGCACCAGGAUCUGCUGCUGGCCGACCCGAACGGCACCAUCAACUACACCCUGCUCAGCAACGACAAUGCCUUCCUCAGCUACCACCCGCACCCCUUCACCCAGCGCACGCUGACCGCCCGCUUCCAGGUCAAUAACACCCAGCCGCCUCAUGUCCAGAUGAUCAGGAAGCCCGUCCUCACCGUCAUGGGCCUGCUGGCGUUGCUAGGAGAGACCCAGGUCCUGGCUCAGGUUUUGAGCUCAGCAGGAACCAACGUCAGCACGGUGGGAGUUCUCGCCAGCAGCCACAAGCCCGUAGCACCGGGCGGCUCAGACACCUGGCAGGCAGCAGUGCUGGUCUACAACAGUGACGACAACAGCACCUCCACUAACACUGAUGAUGUCACCAUGUCACUGACAGGACUGGCUGCACAGAAGGAUCUUGCGUAUGUCACAUAUUACAUUGACAACAAUGUAACCAACCCGUACCAGCUGUGGCAGAGCAUGGGCAGCCCCGACUACCCCACAGCACAGCAGUUCAGACGCCUCAGGAGUGUGCAGGACCCUCGUGUUGACGGACCCUGGGAAGUUCCAACAGGGGACACUCUGACUCUGAAAGCCAAACUGUCCGUGCCCUCUGUCCUCCUCGUCCACGUUUGUGCCCAACCCAAAGCAGUGCCAGACCAGGUCAAUGGAUUACACUUCAUCAGGAUCACGAAAGGCCAAGUCCUGAUUGUCUGGUCAGACCACUGUGUCGAUUCCAAAUGCAUUAAGACAUUUGAAGUGGAGUGCUCCACGGACCACAAGGACUUCAGAAGAAUUAACACUCAAGACACCAUUUUUACUUCUUAUGUUUAUUCACCUGUGGACCAGGAGGUCGGCGGUCUGUACAGAGUCCGAGCUGUGGACUACUGGGGAAGGCCUGGCCUGUACUCGCUGCCAGAGAGGUACUCAGAGGAGCGCUAGACUAAAGUCCAGUCUGGUAGCGUUCAUAUUAUUUUUCUAAAUAGUUGUACAAUGUAAAUACAUUUUAUGGAGAUCAAUGUGCUGAUUUUAUGUUAUAUACAGUAUGGGUCAAUUCUGAUCUGUCUAAUCUCAUUAUAAGCAUACAGUCACUAUUCAUACUCCUGCUCUGAUUGACAGUGAUACAGGCAUCCCAUGUUUUGAUAGUAUACUGUAUAGUAGUGGUUGUAAUUUCAAUAAUUUUGAGAAUGUUAGAUAAAAGUGACUGAA